AACAAACAGCAAAAUGUAAACAUUUUUUCUGUAGUUGCAUCGUAAAAUAUAGAAGAUUAAAUCUUUUAUUAAAUUUUUAUUAAUUUAGUAAAGAGUUUAUAAUUUUAAUUAUUUUAGUAAAAGCCUAAUUGUAAUUUCAAAUUGUGGAUUGAUUGAUAACUAAUAUAUUAUUCAUCUGUAUGGUUUGACUGUUAAUCAAACAAAACUUGACGAUGCAUCUGGGAGCCAUUAAAUUGGCUCAAAAACAAAAGGAGGCCAAACUUGCGGCCGCCUUUCCUAAAGGAAUCCGGUGUCAGAAAUGCUUGGAGUUUGGCCAUUGGAGCUAUGAAUGCAAAGGCAAACGGAAAUACGUUCAUCGCUCUUCGCGCACACAGGUACUGAAGAAAAAUCUCAACAAACUGGAUAACAAAAACAAUUCCACUGCAACCAAGCCAGAAACCACUGCAAAGCAACGAAAAAACGACACAUCCUCAUCCAACAGCUCGGACAGCUCAAGCGACAGCAGUUCCAGCUCGGAUUCUUCCGGAUCUUCGUCGGAUUCGGACACGAGCGAUAGCGAGAGCAGCUCAAGCAGUAGCAGCAGCAGCAGCAGUUCCAGUGAUAGCGAUUCGGAUUCGUCUAGUUCGUCCGAUUCGGACACCAAGGAGGAGCCGAAAAAGCGUAAGAAAACCUAAACAUUUAAUGCCUACAUUUGCUGCAAUCGUGUGCUGAAUGCUAUGCGUGACCACAUCUCUCUUUGUGACUGUAAUUGAAAUUGAUGGAUUCGUCUGAAGUUGCUAAAUAGUUCAUGAAAUCCGAUCCACUGCAUUAUAUGAGCUAUUGAAUACACAACUAUGAUAUUAUACUCUUUUUAA